UCCAGCCCCUCUGUUUACUCGCUUGCCACAAAUAACUGCAACCCCACUGUUGUAUUCUCGUUUCAAAAAAGAAGAAACAAUUUGAGAUAAUCCAAAGGGGAUGUGCCCAACAAUUCGCCCUUUUUCUUCAAUAAUUGCCACAGCAUUUCUGUCUCUACCAUUUUCUGGUUCUCGUUGAAGUACUAAUGGUUCUUUAGGAAUAAGAAAAUUAGCCGAGAAAUACAUGUGUGGAAAGACGCAAGUAAGCAACAUCAUCAAAAACAAGGUAUCAGUAAGAGAACAAUAUGAAAAAGGACUUCCUCAAGGAAAGAAACGAAACCGUACUUCUCAGUUUUCAGAUUUAAACGAUGCUGUCUGGGAGUGGUAUAAAAACAAGAAUGAUCAACUAAUUCCAGUUGAUGGUCCAAUGAUCCAGGAGUUUGCAUCUCAAGUUGCCGAAAAGCUAGGUUACAUUGAUUUCAAAGCCUCAAGUGGUUGGUUGACAAGAUUCAAAGAACGACACAAUCUUUCACAACACAAAGUUUGCGGAGAAUCUGCUGAUGUUGCAGUGGAUACAGUGAAGUCUUGGAAAGAGCGGCUUGGCUCAAUCAUUUCUGGUUAUGAAAUGCAAGACAUUUGGAACUUAGAUGAGACUGGCCUCAUCUAUCGUGCUCUUCCAGACAAAUGCCUUUUUGCCAAAUCAAAGAAAUGUAAAGGUGGUAAGAAAUCCAAAGAACGUCUGACUGUUGCCCUGAUGACCUCUGCAACUGGAGAAAAGAAGAAACCAAUAGUUAUCGGAAAGUAUGCCAGUCCAAGGUGCUUGAAAAAUGUCCACAGAGAGGACCUUCCUUGUCAAUAUUACAGCCAAAAAAAUGCAUGGAUGACCUCCGACAUUCUGCAUAAGAUCUUGAGUCAAUUUAACAGGGAAUGUUUCUCGACUCAGCUGGUUGCCAUCCGUAUGAUUUGAAGGGACGCUACUCGAACGUCAAGCUCGUGUUUUUUCCUGUAAAUUGCACAUCUGAGUUGCAACCUCUUGAUCUCGGCAUUAUUCAAAACUUCAAAGUUCAUUAUAGAAAGCUUUUGCUACGCUUCAUCAUCGCAAUGACCUCAAGUGAAAGGAACGCCUCAGAGAGCAGCAAAUCACUCAACGUAUUACAGGCAAUGAAUUGGGUGGGGGAAGCAUGACAUAAUGUUAAGGUGACAACCAUCAGUAAGUGUUUCAAUUCUGGGUUAAUUUCCAGCAAUACACUGAUAGAAGACGAGGAGGCAGAUCCCUUCAGUGACCUCGAUGACAUCGAUGAAGAUCUCGAAAAUCUAAU